AUGGAAGGUCUCUGUCUUAAUGCAAUGGCCCGGCAAAAGCGGAUACGCACCUCCUUCAAGCACAGUCAACUUCGUGCCAUGAAGGCCUUCUUCGCCAUCAACCACAACCCCGACGGGAAGGACCUGAAGGUUUUGUCGGAGAGGACGGGUCUUUCCAAACGUGUGCUUCAGGUGAGUGCAUACUGUCUUAGAGCCGAAUUAAGGUCUCACGAAGAAUAA